AUGAUCGCCCUCAGACGCCUCGUGAAGCCUAAAAUCGUCAAGAGGAGGACCGAAGAGUUCAUCCGACACCAGGCCGACAGAUAUGUCAAGAUCAAGAGAAACUGGCGUAAACCAAGGGGCAUUGACAACAGGGUGCGAAGACGAUUCAAGGGCUGGAUCUUGAUGCCCAGUAUUGGUUAUGGAAGCAAUAAGAAGACAAAACACACGCUACCAAGUGGAUUCAAGAAGUUUUUGGUGCACAACGUGAAAGAGCUUGAAGUGUUCCUGAUGUGCAACAAAUCUUACUGUGGUGAUACUGCUCACAAUGUUUCCUCUAAGAAUUGGAAAGUUAUUGUUGAGAGAGCAGCUCAGUUCGCCAUCAAAACACCGAUCCAAAUGCUAGCCUGA